CGCACUGUCAAAUCCACAGAAAGGCGCAAAUCGGCAUUGUGGCUUGGUCUGCAGGCUAUUUUCUGAAAUAUUGUAAGUUGUUCGAGAAAUUUCGACGAUCAGCGGUGUGAAACAAUCGCAGUGAUCUGCCAGUACACUGGAUUUGAUUGCCCAUUGAUUUGAUCGUUUUUCGUGUAAUCGCCUUCGUAUUGAAUAUAUCUAACGAAAAAUGAACAAAAAAAUGAAACCUGACGAACCGACCGAAGAAGCCAUCGAGUUUUCUGUUGAAAAAAUUCUUGACAGCAGAAUAGUGAACGGAAAGGUUGAAUAUUACCUUAAGUGGAAGGGAUACACUAAUGAAGAUAAUACUUGGGAACCUGAAGAAAAUUUGGACUGUCCAGACCUAAUACAAGCCUUUAAAGAAUCCCGUAAAAAGAAGGAAGGCAAAGACGAAAAUUCCGGAAGAAGAAGCAAACUCAAAGAUGAAGAACCCAAGGUCGUUCCGGCCAAGAGAAAAUCGACCACGGAAAAAAAAGUAGGAUUCGACCGUGGAUUGGUUCCCGAAGAAAUUCUCGGAGCUGCGGAAACCCAUGGCAAGCUGAUGUUUCUGAUGAAAUGGAAAAAUGCCGCUAACGCCGAUAUGGUCAGCGCGGAACAAGCUAAUGUGAAAUGUCCUCAAGUUGUUAUAAGAUUCUAUGAAUCUCGAUUGACAUGGCAGGCACCAGAGCCAAAAUCCGAAUUGAAGGAUGAGUAAAUUUUACAUUUAGGUUUUUUUGUACAAACGAUCCACAACAUGUAGGAGUUAAACACUCAUGAAAAAUUAGUUUCUUUAUCAUUUAAACUAAUUAACUAAACUGACCUCCAAACCGAUUCGUAAUAGUAGCAUUACAUUUUCCAGUCCUAGUUUCAACACAUGUCUGUCAGAGAAAACCUUUUCACUUAAAAUACAUAAAAUACUUGCCUCAACAUCGUUUGAAAUAUCAUUGGAAUAAACGGAAACUAUUAAACUAUAGCUUGUCAGUUAGUCGAAGAAGUAAGCCUCGUUUAGGAUUAGGAUUUCUUUUAACUUCAGUUUAUGAAACCUUUAAGAUUGCAGGAUGGUGUAUUUUUGGAAAGCAGCAAAACUUUUGUAAAAUUGACAGGAUUAAGAUGGUCGGGCUUUCUAACCUGUGUCUAUGAGUCUGCCUAUCAUCUCCAGCGAUGGGCUUACAGCAUUGAAAUCAGCAUUUGCCUGUAGCGAGAGCAUUGGAGGAUCCCCAGCUGUCCGCACCAUUGUUAUGUAUGCAAUAUAUACUUCUGCACAUUGAAAUAUUGCUUUAUAGCAAAUUUUCUU